AUGUACCGGCAGAUCGUCGUCCAUCCAGCUGAUCGUACUCUGCAGCAGAUACUGUGGCGAAAGAAUCCCGAAGCACCACUACAAACCUUUCGUUUGAACACAGUAACAUAUGGUACAGCCCCUGCUCCGUACCUGGCUACUCGCGUCCUCAACCAACUUGCCCACGAUGAAGCCGAAAACUUUCCUCUUGCUGCCCCACUCGUACCCAAGCGUUUCUACAUGGAUGAUUAUCUUUCGGGCAAUGAUGAUAAACAGCUGUUGAUUGCCGAAAACCACCAGAUGAUUGAGCUAUUGAAAUCUGGCGGGUUUACUCUUCGCAAAUGGUGCAGCAAUUGCAACGAAGUCCUCUCGCAGAUUCCAGAAGCACUCAGAGACUCUCCAUCCGAACUCGAUAUUGGCCAAUCAGGAUCGAUCAAAACAUUGGGACUUCGUUGGCAUCCGCAACCCGAUCAUUUCACUUUCAAUGUUCCUGAUCUCGAAACGUCGGCUCCAAUAAGAAAACGAGUCAUACUCUCGGAAAUGUCUCGUCUCUUCGAUCCGAUGGGUUUGCUCGGUGCCUCCGUCGUAAGCGCAAAAAUAUUUCUACAGUCGCUUUGGUCCGAAAAAUUUUCGUGGAAUGAUCCGUUGCCAGUCCAUCACCAGGCAUGGUGGCAGCAAUACCGACAGGAGAUGGGAAGCUUUCUGUCGUUAGCCAUUCCCAGACAAGUUUUUAUGAAUAACUACGAAAAUUUCGAACUGCACUGCUUCUCGGACGCUUCCGAUAGUUGCAUGAAAACAAACCAAUAUGCAAUCUUCUGGCUUCAAAAUCGCGAGUUAGCCCUCUCAACAAGCUGUCAACCCCUCGGCUUUGUGCUGCUCUCCUUGCUGCCCAGCUACAAGACUCUAUCGUGGAAUACACCGGAUGGAAUUGCCCGGAGACAUUUUGGACGGAUUCCACCAUAG